AUGGGCGAAUUAAAUAUAACUUUUUCUGAUGGAAAACAUCAGAUUACUUUCUUAACAUCCGAACCAGUGGGCGAUCAUACCGGUUUAUACAUUAUAUUAUUAUUGUCUAGUCUUCUAUUUAUUCUUGUAUUUUAUCUAGUCUAUAAUUUUAUUUCAUUCAAACGUUAUUCUUGUUCUCAAGAAAAUAAAAGGAAAGACUCAUUACAUUCAACAGAACUACUAAAUGAUCGCUUAUCAAUUGUUCUUACUCAGCCGAUUCAAUCUCAAAUUAAGAUACGUGCGCAUUCAUAUGGAGAAUUAAUAAGUUCAACACAUCAAGUGCCAUUACGAACAGCAAGUUCACUAUCAAUCUAUCCAAAUUUUAUACAAGCAACAAAAUCUUUUAUUCCUAAUCAAUAUGAAAUAUCCAAACGAUUGGUUUCUGAUCUCUGA